AUGCAGCGUCUAACUGACGAUGGCGCCACUCAGAAGUCGCCCCUGUGUGGUCUGAACAUUAAAACUGCACAAGUCUAUCUUGGCUUUGCUCCCAGCAACCGAGGGCAUCAGCCAGCCAAUGAGCAUGACCGUGGGCGACUCCAACUCCAUGGCAAUGACCGGGAGCCCAAAGGGGAUGUAUCUGACCUCCCAUGCCACGCCCCUGCUGCCAAAGACAGCCCGGUCGCUCACACCUCCCUCCGACUCCUCCUCCCUUACUCCCUCCCUGACUUCCUCUCGCCCCCCCCGCGGAAACCACGGGAUUCACAGCCCAAGAUGAGGAAACUGAAAUACCAUCAGUACAUUCCCCCCGACCAGAGAGGCACGGCCGGGACUGCCGGGGGAGGGGCCAGUCAGAGGAGCCCCACCCCAGCCCAGCUCUUAGACCCCGCCUACUCCAGCCUCCUGCAGCAACAGCAGGUGUUCCUCCAGCUGCAGAUCCUCCAGAAACAACAACAACAACAGCAGAACCAGCAGCAACAGGACCAGCAGCAGCUCACCGUCACACCCAGUGGAGACACCAACCAAAUGGUGAGGUUCUCUGGAGCCAUGCACCAGAACCCUCAGCCUGUAUCCAUGGUAACAAACCACACCUCUGUGGACACAAGUCCCUCCAACAAGUCUGAGCUCCUCCCACCUAACCUGGUCGACCUCACGGUGUCUGAGUUGCGACAGCAGCUGCGUGAGCGAGGUCUUCCUGUCUCCGGCACCAAGCCCGCCCUCCUCCAGAGGCUCCGCCCUUUCCAGCUGCCCCACCUGUGCUUGACCCCUGUGCCCCUCUGCCAGCUGGGUACCAGCCAGGAACCCCUUACCCCCACCUUCUUGCUCACCCCCAGCCACUACCCCAGCUCCAGCCCCAGCUCUGGAACUGACUCCCCCACCAACAGCCCUAACCAUCAGGUCUACAUCCAGUCCACUGGAAUUCUGAGCGGGGUUCCAAACGGAAUUGUUAAUGGCAUUCCGAAUGGUAAUACUAAUGGAAUAGGGGUCAGUGUGGUGGGGGAGCAGUGUGGCUUCCUGGCCCCUGCGUUAACCCCAUCGUCGACACCCAGCCCCGGUCUCCCCCCAUGCUCCUCUUUGCCACUGUCGACUGCCCCCCCCUGGCGGUCGGAGCAGGAGCAGCAGGAGCUGAGCCUGGAGCUGGGGAUGAGGGAGAGGAUGAGGAGCAGGCCCAGGGAGAGGCUAUCUCCUCCUCUGUCUCUAUCCUGUGGAGGUUCCCUCCAUCCCUUCCUGCAACAGGAUCCAGGAUGGCCCAGAGGGACACCAGAGAGGGAAGGACAGACAGAGAUCCUGUUCACACAGGUGUUCUGCUGCCAGCCGUGGGACGUGAUUGGCCAGGACUUUGAGCUGCCUAUGCAGAUCACAGCCAGUCCUAUUCAAGCCCCACCCAGCGUCCGCAGUCUGGAGGAGGAGUUGCAGGAGGCCAUUAACAGAGUACUGAUGGACCCCAGUCAGUCAAUAGAGGACAUUCUGGAGGAACCUACCACCUGUGUGGACUCCCACUCCCACUCCCACUCCUCCUCUGUCUCAGACCUCCAAUCCCCUGUCACUAUCCUCCCCGGCCCCUCCUCUCCUCCCCAAACAGACCAGUCCCAGCCUUUCCGUUGUCAUUCAAAGGAUGACAACUUCUUGUCCUCUCCUCUCUGCUCCUCCCUCCUGCUGGAGCUCCCGCCGUCACCUUCGACGAUGGUUCCCCGCCAAGCCGCCCCACCCCCUCUCCCUCCCCCCAUCUGUACUUCUCCCCUGCCUCCCACUGUGACCUCACGGAAGAGGCGGGUUCAGGCAACCUUUGACCCUGCUGAUUGGUUGGGGUCGCUAGCCUCUGGACUCCGCCCUCUCAGUCCUCCAUCUGCCCCAUUCGUUGAGACCGACUUUGGCCUCAAUUCGGAUCUGAACGUCAACCGAGCGUUGGAUCUCAUGGUGGAGCAGUGGUGAAGGUCUUAGGUGUGUUUGUAUAUAUUUAUGUAUGUAUGUAUGUAUGUAUGUAUGUAUGUAUGUAUGUAUGUAUGUAUGUAUGUAUGUAUGUAUGUAUGUAUGUAUGUAUGUAUGUAUGUAUGUAUGUAUGUAUGUAUGUAUGUGUUAGUCGGACUUCAACAUACACCUCCCAAACAAUGGGAACAGAUUUGUGAAUGUCCAUCCAUCAGUCUAUCCAUCCAUUCCCUCUGUCCACUCUGUGAGUGAGUAGUCUGUUUGAGAGAGGUGACUGCAGGUCUGUACCCCACGCAAUGUCGAGAGACAGAUGCUACUGCAUUGGAAGAGUUGAAAAAAGAUUGAGUUGCUUGGUGGAACAAUAACUGGCAGAGGGAAUCACACACACACAAACCUUGGGUUGUCCUGUUAAAUAAAAAAUGGCCAAAUACAACAAAUGAACAAUGCAUAUUUGGAGUCACACACAAUCCAACACAUUGUUUCCCACUUUAAACAAAGAAACCCAGUUGAACAGGGCCCCUACUGUUCCCCCAGCCACAGUCAUUGAGUCCGAGUCAUUCAUAAAGGCCAUUAAAGCCAAACUGGGCAGACAGCUUGUCCAUGUCUCUAGACCUUUCCCCUAGUGCCAGACACACAGUCGGCAUGUGGAGAGAGAGAGCUGGCAGACACACUUCCCUGUAAGGGUUGUGUGGUAUGUGCACGCCUGGCUGCUUCUGUUUGUGUAGGUGUGUGUGUGUUAAUACAAGUAUAUUGGCAACAAUUCAGAUAAAUAUACAAUGUGGGUGUGUGUGUGUUAUUUAUCUGAAUUGUUGCAAAUAUACUUGUAGCUCCUACUUUGUGUAGACUAAGUGUGCAAUGUCUCUGAGUAUUGAUUUUGUAAGGUUGAUCUGUGCGAGAGCGAGAGCGAGAGCGCAAAGCCUGCUUCCACAUUUCGUGCCCAUUUUAAUUGUGGUCUCAACACUAGUCUGUUUCUGCAAUAUAUAACACUGUGAGUGGGUCACUAAAACCUAAUGAACCACUAUGUUCAAUUCAAUGCUUGUCUUUUUUUUAUUUAAGAGAAGAAAAAAAACCCUGGUAAACAUCCUAUUAAGCCAAGAGAUAAAUAGCAAUCACUCUGAGAGGCUUCAGAGCCUGCAACACCACCAUAUUACCAGAGUGUAUGUUCUCAUCAGCGCAUGAGAACAGGUGGCCACUGAGGACCUCCCACAGUGUUUGGAGGAACAGCUUGGUGCUCUACACACUGUAAGGGCCACAGUCACUGUUUACACCUGUUGUUAUGGAGAUAAAAAGGUCAAAUAAAGGUUAUGCGCAGGAUAACAAUGGCAAUUAAUUUCAUGAAACAAUUUCAUGAUUUUAGCUUAAGAUUUUUUCAGUGCCUUAUCCCAUACUGUAAAAACAGGUAGAAUCAAGAAAUAAAUCUGUCCCAAAGAGAGGCUGUUCUGAUUGCAGGAAAUGACACAGGUGUUCCCUGAGACCACAAUCUCUCUCUUGGCCAGUUCCAAAUCAACCUCUAGCCCCUAGGCACUUGAGGAUAGUUCUGGAUAGAUAUAAUCAAUAUGGUAAUAGCUCCACCAUUCCCCUGAUAGGCUAUGUGGAACUUUACCCAUAUCGCACACAGCUAUCCAGCCUACUAGAAGUUGUGCCCUGGUACGAGGGGCUAGAGGCUAGGGGUCCGUAUGGGAUUGGCCAUAUUCAUUUUAAAUGACCACCAGGGGUGUCCCAUCAGUAAAGAGCUGAGGAGGUGAAUACUGUACUUCUCCCUAACAUGGAUCAUGAUGAAGUUGUCUGUGUUUCCGUGCUAUCAGUGAUUGACAAGGCAGUCCAAGGGCUUAUUCUCAGGGUCAGAACGUUCAGUAUUUACAGAGCAGAUAUUCUCUAUUCCACAUGAUGUUCUACCAGAUCCAAUGGUUCUGAGGUCAUGACAGACUUAAUUCAGCUGUUGUGAUUCCGAUUAGUUGUAUGGCCUGUCAAUUAGUGAAGUAUGUGAGCACUGAUUAUGGCCUGGCCUGAGAGCAACCCACAGCCUCUGUUAGCAGUAGGGUGACGGCUCCACCUAGCCUUCCAAUAGGCCUUCCAUAUUUCUUCUGCCUAUCUGGUUCAUGUAGAUUAGAAAACCAAAGGGGUGUAGGGGCUAGGGGUUGUUUUUGGACCAGGCCUGUGUUAUGUUCCUUGGGAGAAUACAACACAUAGUGUGCUUUCCUAACCUCCUAGCUGACUCGACACCCUUCUUAAAGACCAUUGUGUGAACAAACUGUGAUCUUACUAAUGUUCCCCAGAGACAUUUAUUUAUAUAUAUGGUUCUGAUGUUCCCCACUCAGUCUCUGAAUAAUAACCACUGCGCUAAGUGCAAUAUGGUGUAUGUGAAGGGCACAGCUAUUGGGAAAUACCAGGCCCCCAUAUCUCUGUCUUGUCGUUACUCUAAACAAAAUGGCAUAAUGGGUCCUCACUCAACAAGAUGUUGCAUAACGCUUAGUUCAUUUGAGGGUUUUCACUGCGUCAGGGAUAGCAUACACAGAUGUUUCGGCUUCACAGCCUUCUUCAGUGUGUAGGUACAAAUGUAUUUGAAUUCAAAACAGCAUUUGUAGGGAACAACAGAUCAGCAGCAGGUGCUUCUAAGCAGAGUUACCAAUCAUCUGCCAAGCUUUCAUAUUGAAGCAUUUCACGAGCAGCUUUCACUGUAGAACUGUAGAAAACCAUGUUGAAUGGUGACAAUGGGACAGACUGACGACCGUGAUAAUCACAGUGGUCAAACACGUUCUCUGUCUGCUGCACUUAGGAUGACGAGAGAGAGAGAAACACGGGAGAGUAACAUGCUACCUCUUGUGAAUGGAGAUGCUUUAGGCCUACUGUACUCUGUCUGGUCCUGGACAACCGGUGGUCAAACACGUUCUCUGUCUGCUGCACUUAGGAUGACGAGAGAGAGAAACGCGGGAGAGUAACAUGCUACCUCUUGUGAAUGGAGAUGCUUUAGGCCUACUGUACUCUGUCUGGUCCUGGACAACCGGUGGUCAAACACGUUCUCUGUCUGCUGCACUUAGGAUGACGAGAGAGAGAAACGCGGGAGAGUAACAUGCUACCUCUUGUGAAUGGAGAUGCUUUAGGCCUACUGUACUCUGUCUGGUCCUGGACAACCACGGUGUAUGUUGGUUUUCAUCUGAACCAGUCUCUUCCCCUAAAUCUGUGCUGAUAUCACCUGACUCAUGUUAGGAGUGUAUCACUUUCAGAAUCAUUGGAGAGGUUGGUGGGUUGGUUGGGAGAACUGUCUAUGCUAGGUUAUUCCAGGAAAAGCAACAGGAGACUAGGUGAAGCUAUGCUUCAAAUGCCUGAUCCUUCCCCCUUCCUGUCUGUCUGUGUUGUGAAGGUAUUUCUUUCCCCCUUGAGGCUUUCUGUAGCCAGAAUGAGACAAAGAGGGAUGAGACUGAGACAUUGUCAUAAUCAAGAUCAGGAAGUAUCAGAGCCAACUGUUGCCAUUGUUUCAGUCAGCUCCAUUCAUUGGGAGUUCAAUAUGUCUUCCAAUGCUGAUAACUUCCUGAAUAAUCUUCAGAUUGAUAACGUCACUGUCUAAUCUUUCUUCAUCUCAUCCUAGUACUGUAACCAGAUAGUGUGGGGAUGACCCAAUGGCAAAAAUAAAUCAGUAUUUAAUUGUAUUUAUUUAAUUAAUAUGUAACUUAUUCAGGCAAAAUGUUAUCAAUACGUGUUCAAAAAUUGUAUUGUAAAAAACAUUAAGAAAUUAAAAGUCUUAAUAGAUUUCCCAUC